GCAGGUAGGCAGCGGGAGUCGACCGUGGGCUGCCAGUCCGUCACCAUGACAGGUUUCGUGGUGACGCGGGCCAAUAUCCGCAUCUGGAUCCACGACCGCGACAUGGGCCGCCUGCAGCAGAUGCUGUGGGAGGGCCACGGCGACAAGCUGCGGGUCGAGACCAGCAACAACCCGCGCGUGCGCCGGCUGCUCGUCGGCGUGCCCUACAUCAUGGGUACCAUCCGGGACGUGCACAUGGGCGCCGUCACAAACGACCUGGCCCUCUUCCAGAUGCGCAGCGCCGACCCGGUGCCCGUGCAAAUCCUCGCCAGCAAGGACCAGAACGGCCUCACGCCGCUGCACAAGGCGGCGGGCCUGGGCCACGAGCGCAUCGUGGACGACGUGCUGGAGCGGCUGCCCACGGCGGUCAGCAGCGCCGACCACGAGGGCCGGCAGCCGCUGCACUACGCGGCCGCGCUGCGCGACGGCGGCGCCAUGUACGGUCGACUCGUCGCCGCCGGCGCCGACGAGCAGGCGCUCGACAACCGCGGCCGCCCCGCUGCCUGGUACCGGGCCCACCCCGGCGAGCUGGACGCCAAGCUGCUGUCUGUCAUCCCGGAGGCUCCGAGGACGGCGUCCGUGGUGCCGCCCGGCUGGGACUGGCGCAUCGCGGGGGGCGGCGCGGGGGCGGCGGCGGGGGUGGCGGCGGCGGUCGCCGCUUCAGAGGCGCCCACCGCACCCGCCUCGCAGGUCACCACACCCGUCUCGUCCAAGAGCAAAGACGACGAUACAGAGCCGUCGGAGGAAGUGGCAUCGGAAGAACAGGUGAAGGCACCAGAAAUUAAGAAAGCAGCAGAGGGGCAGACGCCGGAAGAUGAGGUGGACGAAGGCGUAGGCGAAGAAGGCGACAAUGGAGAUGACGAAAGUGGUAGUGGGGGCAGAGACAGCGCACAGGCGGAACAGGAGGAGGAGCAGCAGAAGGGAGAGAUUGAAAAGGAAGCGGCCGAGGAGAGCUCUGGCAUAGGAGAGGGGGAACUGGCAACCGAACCGGAAAGCAGUCCGGAUGAAACUGUGGGAAUGGAGAAUGGAGAAGAGGGAGAGAAAGGAGAAGAGAAUGAGGGACCGAAGACGGUUAGUAACGAGGAAAAAGGGGGCGACGGUGUCGACGAAGAGACUGGAGAAGGCACAGACAGAGAUGCAGGCAACGAGGACAACAGGGAUGAGACGGAAACGGAAGAGGACGGGCAGAAGAGAGAGGAGAUGGAGAGGGAGGCGGCGGAGAGGGAGGAGGCGGAAAGGGAGGAGAAGGAACGGCAAGAGGCGGAGCGGCAGAUGCAGCUGGAGCGAGAACGCGAACUGGAGAGGGCCCUGGAAGAGCGCAGCAGGCGGCGGCGCAGCCAAGAGGUGCGGAGCGAGGAGGAAGACGAGGGCGAGCAAGCGGACGACGAAGACGCGGCGGGGGAGGACGAGCAGCAAGACGCGGAGCAAGAGAAACCAGAGGACUCAGAGCAGGCGGGAGACGAGGAGGUGUCGAGGCUGGUGGCGGCGGGCGACGUCGACCAGCUGGCGGCCAUGGUGCUCAGCGGCGACGGCGGCCGGCUGGCGGGGCUGCGUGCGCACCACCCCGACGUACAGGCCUUCCUCGACAACGUCCCCGCCUACAUGGAGAAGAUCGCAGCGGUGCACGCGGCUGCGCGAGCAGGCAGCGUGCGCGAGCUGCAGGCGGCGCUGGACCGGCGUCGCUUCGCGGUGGCGCGCGACGCUGGCUGUCCUGCCAGGCCGACGCCGCUGCACGCGGCCGCGCUGCUGGGACACACCGACGUCGUGCGCUACCUGGGCGCGCGCUUCCCGGAGACGCUGGCCGCCACCGACGCGCGCGGCCGCACACCGCUCCACUACGCGGCCUGCCUCGCAGACAACGGCCACUACUACCACCUGCUGACCGCGCUCGGCGCUCGCGCCGAUGCUCUCGACCAGGACGGCCACACGCCAGAGUACUACCUCCAGCACCCGGAUGAGCUGUCGCACCGCCAGCUGCUGCAGGACAUAGGCGCCGAUGAGGCAGUGGCCGACAACCUUGUCGAUAAAGUGGGCAGUCCCGACCGCGUGAGCUCGCGGCGCGACCUGGAGGAGGAGACGGCGCGCGCGCUGUUGCGCUGCUACCAGCAGCUGGACGUGGCGCUGGCCGCGCGCAGGCACCUUCCGCCGCAGCGCUUCCAGCAGCUGAGCCGGCGCCAGACGCGCCGCGACCACUGCCUCCUCGACGUCAUCUGGCCCGCCGCGCGCCGCGACGCCGCCGUCACGGCCGCCGCCGCCGCCGGGAACGGCCCACCUCCUGACCCCGACCAGCUGGACGAAGCCGUCUACCUGUGCGGCGGCGCGCUCGCUCCGGACGCCGAGUCUUACGCCGUGUUCGCGGAGCUGAUGGUACCCCUCGCGUGCGAACUCCACGUGUUGGCCGGACCUCACCAGGUGCCCGCAGACCAUCCCCCUUCUUCGUUCCGUAGCGACCGAGACCUCCGAGAGGGAGACGACGCCCUACUCGCGCUCCCGGACGUCGACUCUUCCGGCAAGUGCGUGCGAGACUGCACCGGGGAGGUCUGUCGAAACCUGGACGGGUUGCCCCUGCCUCUCGGUAUGACACUGUCGGAGCUGGAAAUGGUCGAGCGUAAAUUUCUGAACGAGCUGGAGGGCGGUGCCCUCGAGGGAGGCGACGUUUCAGACGGCGUAUACGUCACUCUCCAAGACGUGCUCGACGGGAGGGGCGAUCUCCUGGCACGGCUCCGCGCCGAGGGAUUGGCUAUUCCGUUGCCGCCGGCGCAGAGUGUGGGCUCCGCCAGCCUGAUCAACGGACCGCACUGGCCGCACGGGCGCGGCGUCUUCCUCAGCGCCGACGGCGAGGCCGCCGUCUGGCUGAACGUGCAGGAGCACCUGCGGGUGGUGGUGCGCGCGCGCAGGCCGGCCGACUGCGUGGCGCGGCUCGAGCGCGCGCUCGCGCGGCUCUCCGCAGCCGCGUCCGACGGCUUCGCGCGCGACCGCCGGCUGGGGUUCGUGGCGGCGCGGCCGUGCGCGCUCGGCUGCGCGCUGACUCUGACCGCCCGCGCGCGCCUCCCGCGGCUGUCGCGCGACCAGCGCGCGCUGCGCCGGCUGUGCGCGGCGCGCGGCCUGCGCGUGGGGACCGCCGGGCCGGCCCACGCGCCGCCACUGUUGCUGCUCUCCGCACGCCGCCUACUCGGCGUCGACGAGAGCACCGCUGCCGAGGAGUUCUGCACGGCGGUCGCCAACGUCGUCCAACUGGAGCAGACGGCGGCCGCUUCGGAAGAAAGAAGGAUAGCCUCUUCACAAGGUGAGCCAGUGUUUUGGACUGAAGAAGGGCGUUACCUGGCAGCAUCACUUGGUGAUCCACUCAUAAAGGGAUUGAAAGAAAUAGCAGACAAGAGACCACAAGAUCCUGUGACUUAUCUUGCAACAUAUCUCUUCAAUGCUGCAAACAAUCACAAGUCUAUUGGUAAUAUGCAGGAAAACAACAGGCUGAUAGCACCACCACCACCAGCAAAGGGACGUCUAGAAGCUGCUCCCAUACCAUCUGACAUGGAUCCACAAGAGGCAGAUAUUGAGGAGGUGCCAGAAACACCAGAAAACAGUGCAAUAGACAGAGAUGAACAUGGCCAGAGCAUGCUCCAUUUCGCUGCAGCAAGAGCACAUGGACGUAAUGGAUUAUUCCAGCUCCUGCAGGAGACUGGUUUGAAUGCUGGCUAUAGGGAUGAAUUGUAUCGCACAGCACGAGAUGUUGCAAUCCAGGCUAAUAUUCCUGACAAUAUUCAUGACAUUGAUAAGUGGGUCCUUCAUCUUGCUGCAAAUGGAGAAAGGCAGAAGCUUAUGGAACUUCUGCUAGAGGGUUAUGAUCAUAUACUUGAUGUCGAAAAUGAUGAUGGACUAUCAAUAAUUGAGGUAGUAGCAGAAAGUGAACAGCCUGAGACAUUACAAUUUUUGCAGUCUAUAUCUGACUUUGAGGAAAGAAGAGAGGAGCUUCAUAAUGCCAUACGUCAGGGGAAUCUUUUGAGAGUUCGUGAGCUUCUUGAAGCAGAUGAUGCAGAACUUCUUGCUAUUGCAAAGAACAUAUAUGGUCGAAGCAGUCUGCAUAUAGCUGUGCUGUGUCAAGAUGAAGAGAUCACACAGUUUCUGACUGAUAGAUUUCCUGCAACACUGAAAACCGGAGAUAAUCUUGAAAGGACUGCAUUACACUAUGCAAUGGGUGUGGAAAAAGUUGAAGAACUAAGUACAUUCCUCAUAAGAGCAGGAGCCAGAAGAAUUGCAAAGGAUCUGAAAGGGAGACAGCCAAGCUACUACUUCAUGAAUAAAUCAGAUAUACUCAGGCUCCAAGAAGAUGAAGAUACCUUUAAAAUGUAACAUCUUUUCAUAAGGUCCUUAAAUGUAUGUAAGACAUGGACUAAAAGAAUCCCAUUUAAAUGUUGUGGUUCUGUUGCUUUAUGCAGCUAGUACUGAGUAAUUUCAAAUAAAUAAUGGGCCAAGUUGUAGUUCAACAAAAUAA